AUGCGUUUACAAGUUUUAGUGAUGAGGUUGAACCGGUACGACGUCGAAUAUCAGUACAAAAGCGGAAAAAGCCUAUUGUUAGCCGAUACCCUUAGCAGGGCCUGCCCCAAAGAGGAAAAUAGAGACACAUUGGUAAGGAUGAUAGAUUCACUGAAAAAUUACCCCGAUUCAAUUUUAAAGGAAGUAAGAGACGCCACCACAAACGACGAACAGCUGCAAGAAUUAUUGUCUGUUAUCAAGGAAGGAUGGCCUGAUCGCAAAGACAAAAUUCCGGAAGUAUUAAAGCCUUACUUCGAUUUUAGAGAUUCCAUGAGUUAUCAAGACGGCAUCAGUCUUAAGGGAACUCUUAUACUGAUUCCUAGUAAACUACGAAAUUCCAUCAAAACGAAACUUCAUGUAGCUCAUCUUGGUUACGAUAGCAUGAUGCGACGAGCAAGAGAUGCAAUAUUCUGGCCAGGGAUGUCGAAAGAAAUAAAGCAAAUGGUCAAUUCAUGUGACAUUUGCCAGCAGUAUAAACCUCGAAACCAGAAGGAAUCGUUGAUGGAUGUUGAUGACGGAGGCAGACCCUGGAAUAAAAUUGGAUUAGAUUGUUUGAGAUUGUUGGAAGAAAUUAUCUAG